UCAACAAUAAUGUUGGUAGUGUUUGUGGUGUGUUGCCUUCUGCUAAUGUUUAGCUACACCGACAACGUCUCAAGCACCAGAACCAAAUACUUGCGGACCAAUUUCCCAAACUUUUACAAUGACUUUGAGGUGCAGCGAUACACUUGGAAGUGCGAAAACCAAAAAUGCGUCAAAUAUCUAGUUGAGGACGAGGAAACUUCCCUGGCAACUUGUAACAUGUUGUGCUCCGAACCGGCAAUUUGGCCGAAACCCGUUCAUAUUAAAUUGACAAAUCGCGAAUCGUCGAUUAUCGAUAAAACGAAAAUUUCUUUCAACUUUUCUCAAGGUCCCGUGAAGAUUAUGUUGCAAAAUGCUACCGAUUUAUUCAUAAAAAGCCUUGAAUCUUUAAAACCAGGAAACCAGUCCACGCCUGGAAUUAAAUUAAGCAUAAAUAUAAUUCUGUCUGAUCCUAAUACCAACAAGCUGAAAUUGAAUACAAAUGAGAGUUAUGAGCUAACAGUCCUGAAGAGCGAUUCCCUCGCUGUUCGGCUUUCCGCGGCGAAUUUUUUCGGCGCCAGACAUGGGCUGGAAACACUAAAUCAAUUGAUUUGGUUCGAUGAAGUGGUUAACGAGCUGCGAAUUCUACACGGUGUUGAGAUAAGAGAUUAUCCCAAAUUUCCUUAUCGGGGAGUGAUGAUUGACACCGCCCGCAAUUUUUUCCCGGUUGAUUUAAUUCGAAAAGUUGUUGAUGGAAUGGCAAUGGCUAAAUUAAACGUCCUGCAUUUGCAUCUGACCGAUGCGGUUAGCUUCCCUAUAGUUUUGCCUAAAGUGCAAGAACUGGCUCGGUUUGGUGCUUACGGACCUGAUAUGAUCUACACACCCCAAGAUAUUAGAGACUUGUUACAAUAUUCCCUAGUUCGAGGAGUGCGACUGUUGCUGGAAGUCGACGCUCCAAGUCAUGUCAACGCCGGUUGGAGUUUCCUCCAAGAAGGAGCGAACAAAUUUGUGAUUUGUGGCGAAAGUGAUAUUUUUAACGGACAUUUAAACCCCGACAACGACGAGGUUUUGCAAGUUCUGGAAGACAUUUACAGCGAUUUGUUAGAUUUAACUGACAAUAAUGAGUUGUUCCAUCUUGGGUCUGACGAAGUUAACUUGACGUGUUGGCAAGAUACCAAAAGUGCCAAUAAAAUUGCAAUGAAGCUGUUUUGGGCCCAAUACACGAAUAAAAUGAUCGAUCGGCUUAAAAACGCAAAUAACAAUGAACUGCCAGAACAUGUAAUCAUGUGGUCAAGCCCUUUGACCGAAUCUCCCUAUUUUGAGAAACUAGACGUGAAGGUAACAGUGCAAUUAUGGCUCGGAGACCCUAGCAGUGUCCUAUCGCACGGCCACCGUGUCAUUUACUCAACCGUGGGCCAUUGGUACUUGGACUGCGGUUUCGGCCCAUGGAAGCCCAGCAUGCACGGUGGGGUGUGCGACCCAUACACCCCAUGGCACACGUUUUACGACUAUAGGCCAUGGGUCCAGCACGGCCACCAGGAGCUGGUGCUGGGCGGUGAGGUGUGUCUGUGGUCGGAGCAAGUGGGUCCAGAUUCUUUGGAAACUAGGAUUUGGCCCCGAAGUGCAGCUUUCGCUGAGCGCAUCUGGAGCGACCCUUCAGCUGGGGAUGAUUACGAUAUUUACACAAGACUUGUGUCGUUUAGUGAUAGACUCAAGAGUCGAGGAAUUAGAACGGCGGCGAUUUGGCCGCUGUGGUGCUCGCAGAACCCGGGCAAGUGUUGAUCUGGUCUCACGGGAACUCAUCUUCGGGGCAGAUAAACAAUGCGGGCCCUUCCGUUUCCGCAAAAGUUGGAGCACUCGCAGCGCACUCAGCGCCCUGUGUGGUGUGCGCCCAUCAUAAACAAGCAAAACAUUCGGUGUGUGGUGAAGUGGCUAUUAUUGGGGUGGAGUGUUUGUGGCAAUUUUUUACUACCAAUUUUACGAAAUAUACUUAUUUAUUGAAAAAA